AUGGGCUACACCAAGACUGUGAUAACAGAAGGCAGCGGCGAAAAGCCCGCCAAGGGACAGUACGUGACAGUCCACUGUACUGGUUACGGCAAGAACAAGGACAUGAGUCAAAAGUUUUGGUCCACAAAAGAUCCAGGACAACAGCCGUUUACCUUUCGAGUUGGAAUGGGAGAAGUCAUCAAGGCGUGGGAUGAGUCCGUUCUGACCAUGUCACUGGGUGAGAAGUCCAAAAUCGUCGCCACUCCUGAUUAUGCCUACGGUGCCUCGGGAUUUCCUGCCUGGGGAAUCAUGCCCAAUUCUGAUCUAUCUUUUGAAAUUGAAGUACUCAAGUUCUCAUUCACUCAGAGCUAG